AUGCGAGUUCACCUCCGCGUGCCACCAACAAAAAAGCUCGGCAACCCCCGCGGACUUCCCAUCGUCUAUUCGGGUAUUCGAACGGGGAUCACCGGUGAGAACCAUCUCAUCUAUCGGCCGGCGAUCGUCGAGAAUUCCCGAGAGAUUUACCCGUCGAUGCGCACAAUUUACAAGGAUGACGACUGGUUAAAUGAGCCCCAAUUCGUCCCCUCUUUUGACGUUGGCGAGCACGUGUAUUUCUUUUUCCGCGAGAUCCACGGGAAUGUCCACCUCCUAUUCCGCGUUUCCCACCUCGGCAAUCUGUCUUCCAGU